CCGGAAAACAAAAGUACUGCGGCUGUUCGUCUGAAAACCUGCUGUGUAAUCUUGCUUUAACAGUCACUGUACGGAUUUAUUUGAAAGGCAGAAAGUAGUCAUGCCUGACCAUUUAGGUUCCGACCAACGCAAAAUAAAAGAAGAGGAAAAGGAAGACAAACCAAUUCGAGCUUUGGAUGAAGGAGACAUUGCACUCCUGAAAACUUAUGGCCAAAGCACUUACUCGAGACAGAUUAAACAGGUGGAAGAUGAUAUCCAGUCGCUUCUGAAGAAAAUCAAUGAGCUUACAGGCAUUAAAGAAUCUGAUACAGGUCUGGCCCCUCCGGCACUAUGGGAUCUGGCAGCAGACAAACAGACUCUGCAGAGCGAACAGCCCCUGCAAGUGGCCAGAUGCACCAAGAUAAUCAACGCUGACUCUGAGGAUCCAAAGUACAUCAUUAAUGUGAAACAAUUUGCCAAGUUUGUUGUGGACCUGAGUGAUCAGGUCGCUCCGACUGACAUUGAAGAAGGCAUGAGAGUUGGUGUUGACAGGAAUAAGUAUCAGAUCCACAUUCCACUGCCACCCAAAAUUGAUCCCACCGUCACUAUGAUGCAGGUGGAGGAGAAGCCUGAUGUGACCUAUAGUGAUGUUGGAGGAUGCAAAGAGCAGAUAGAGAAGCUCAGAGAAGUGGUUGAGACCCCUCUGCUCCAUCCGGAGCGCUUUGUGAAUCUGGGUAUUGAGCCUCCAAAGGGUGUCUUGCUAUUCGGACCCCCCGGUACGGGAAAGACCCUGUGUGCCCGAGCUGUGGCUAACCGUACUGAUGCCUGCUUCAUCAGAGUCAUUGGAUCCGAGCUGGUUCAGAAGUAUGUUGGAGAGGGUGCCAGGAUGGUUCGCGAACUGUUUGAGAUGGCGAGAACUAAGAAAGCCUGUCUAAUCUUCUUUGAUGAAAUUGAUGCUAUUGGAGGUGCCCGAUUCGAUGAUGGAGCUGGCGGUGAUAAUGAAGUCCAGAGGACUAUGCUGGAGUUGAUUAAUCAGCUGGAUGGCUUCGAUCCCAGAGGAAACAUUAAAGUCUUAAUGGCCACCAACAGACCAGACACGCUUGAUCCUGCUCUUAUGAGACCUGGUAGACUGGACAGAAAGAUUGAGUUCAGCUUGCCUGACUUGGAAGGGCGUACCCACAUCUUUAAGAUCCAUGCCCGCUCUAUGAGUGUUGAAAGAGAUAUCCGCUUUGAGCUUCUAGCACGCCUUUGUCCCAACAGCACAGGUGCUGAGAUUCGCAGCGUGUGUACAGAGGCAGGCAUGUUUGCCAUCCGAGCUCGUCGAAAAAUUGCCACGGAGAAAGAUUUUCUGGAGGCUGUGAACAAAGUCAUCAAAUCCUACGCCAAGUUCAGCGCCACACCUCGCUACAUGACUUAUAACUAAAUAGAUUUAUUUUCUCCUGUGUUUGUGUUUCACUUGAUAGUUCAAACAGAUUCUCAUGUAUGUCUUGUCACUUUUCUGUGAUAUUGAAUCAAUAAAAACAUUAUCCAUAUUACACUUCA